UGUGUUCUGUGCAAGUCUACUUGACAAUUCGAAAACCAUGUCAACUGAAAUAAAACUAGAUUCUUUAGACAAGCCUACUCUUCAUACUUAUGAAGCAUUUAAGUAUCACUGGUAUGUUUGGCAAUUUUGUGGCCUUAAAUUUCCGAAAAACGCCAAAUGGAGAGUUCCAUACAUUGUAUAUGCAAUUGUUCUUAAUAUAACGGUUACUCUCUUUUUCCCUCUAACAUUGAUUGUAAAUUGUUUUCUUUCCGAGAAUUUCACCAUAUUAUGCGAGAACUUAUACAUCACCAUUACAGAUGUAAUUUGUAAUUUAAAGUUUCUUAACGUCUUUAUUGUGCGUUCGAAGCUUCUUGAGGUUGAGCAUAUUCUAGACAGAUUGGAUAAAAGGUCAAGUAGUGAGGAUGAAUUGCAAGCUUUGAAGAAUGGAAUGCGAUCUGCUCGCAAGUGUUUUAACAUUUUUGCCACAAUGUUUGGAUGUGCAAUAAUCACAAGUCAAUUGGUCGUCUAUUUGUCCAAGGAAAGAAUUUUGAUGUAUCCUGCUUGGCUACCUUUGGAUUGGAAGAAUUCUUACAAAGAUUUCGUGAUUGCACAUUCUUACCAGGUUUAUGGGUUGACAGUGCAGGCAAUUCAAGAUUUGGGAAAUGAUACUUUUCCUCAGGCAUAUAUACGAAUUCUUUGCGCUCACAUUGAAGCUUUGUCGCUAAGGAUUUCAAAGUUAGGCAAAAAUAAAGGAUUGGGUUCGGAAAAAGUCAAUAGAGAGUUGCUGAUAGAGUGCAUAAAAGACCACCAAGUUAUAAUUGAGUUAUAUACCACUAUACAGCAGAGCAUUUCAACAGCUUGUUUCGCUCAGUUCAUGUGCACUGGACUAGCUCAAUGUACAAUCGGUGUUUACAUGCUCUACAUUGGCUUGGAUAUCUCAAAACUAUUGAACACCAUUAUAUUCUUUACUGCUGUAACCUUUGAAAUUUUGAUUUUUUGUCUUUUUGGCGAACAGCUUUGCCAAAGAGCAGAACAACUUACUGCAGCUAUAUACUCAUGUAAUUGGAUGGAUCAAAAUAGAGAAUUCAAAAAGGCACUUUUAUUGCUAUUGAAACGAUCACAAAGGCCACUUGUAAUUAUGGCUGGUGAUAUAAUACCACUUAAAUUACCUACUUUUGUUCAGGUCAUGAAAACUGCUUAUUCGACAUUUGCUGUAUUGAGUGAAGUUAAAUAGAUGGUAAAAUAAAAAAUGAAGAGCACAUUUAUAAAAUACUGAAACUAUGGUAAUAGAUACAUGAACAUAAUUAGUUGUAUAAAUUUUACUGUUUUGAAUCGUUUCAAUAAAGUGUAACUCAAUGCUGCGUCUGUAAGGAAUAAAAAUAAAAAUAUAUACUUACCAAAUGCAUUCGUCAUGCAAAAUUGUAUAAAAUUUUAUGUUGGGAUUCGUAAAGAUGCCCAUUACGAUGGAAAUCCUGAUAAAGCUGAUUAAUUACAAAAAUAUUGAAAAGCUAUCAACUAAAAAUUGCAAACAAAUAUCUGAUUUGAAAAGCAAAAGAAAAGACGAACAAUUUAAGUUUCAU